AUGUCAGCAGAAGAUGAUUGGUCGAAAUUACCCACCGUGUCCAAAGUACAGCACAAGCUCUGGAAUGCACGUGUGGCGGGAUACGAAGAAGCAUUCAAAAUAUUUUCAACAGAAACAAAUGAGAAAAGUCCUGUUUUUAGCGAAUAUGUUGUGUUGAUGAAGAAAUUUGUAACUGAUCCUCAUGCUGGAGCUCAGGAAAAAGCUUUAGAUGCAGUUUUAGCAUACAUAGAAACAGCUGCUGCAGCUACGAAGUGCGCUGGAGAUAUUUGUUCUGGCAUCAUAUCAAAGUGCCUAGGUUCUACUCGAAUGAAAACAAAAGACAAGUCAAUUGAGUGUCUCCUGAUGCUGAUAGAAAUCGAGCGCCAUGAAUUAGUAACUGAAGAGCUUGUGAAAGGUUUAUCAACUAAAAAUCCAAAGGUUGUUGUCGGAUGUUUACAGACGCUUCGUGAAGCUCUGAAAUUGCAGAUGACUGAGUUAUGUGAAUUAUUCAACUCCAUUCCGCCUGGGAAACCUGUUCGACUGAGAUAUUUGCGUAGUCAGAAACCUAAAGAAAUUAUUUCAGAUACCGGUACUGAGAGCGCUCCUAGCAAUGGUGCUAUUUCAGGUGAAACUCUAACCAACCAGAUUGAUUUGGACGAUAUGAUUACUCCUGUUGAAGUUCUUAAUAAAAUUCCCAACGAGUACUGGCAACAAAUAGGGGAAAAGAAGUGGCAAGAUCGGCGUGAUGCUUUAGAAGCAAUUGAGAAAAUUACGAAUGUUCCUCGAAUCGUUCCAGGUGAUUUCACAGACCUUGUGAAAAGCCUAAUUCAGGUUGUAAAUAAAGAUACGAACAUAAUUCUAGUGGCUCUUGCUGCUAAAAUUUUGGGGCAAAUAGCAAGAGGAUUAAAAUCUAAAUUCAGCCCCUACGCUCAACAGACCCUACAAGCGUGUUUGGGAAAGUUUAAAGAAAAGAAACCCAAUGUUGUUCAAGCUCUAAGAGAAUGCGCUGAUGGUGCUGUAUCUUCGACUUCACUAGAUCAUUUUGUGGAUGAUAUUGUAGCUGCAUUGAGUCAUAAAACACCUAGUGUACGUGCAGAAGCAGCCCUAAUUUUAAGUAGAGUGUUCAAAAAAUGUCCCACUUCAUCACUAAACAAAAAGAUUUUGAAAUCGUUUACCGUACCAUUGUGUGUCACAUGCAAUGACACUGUUCCCGAGGUGCGUGAAGGUAGUUUUGCUGCUCUUGGUGCCGCAAUGUUUGUUGUGUCAGCGAAAACUAUGCAACCCUUCCUCAGUGAACUUGACUCCAUCCGGCUGGCAAAAAUCAAUGAAUGCUGCGAACAAAUAGCAUCUGAACUUAAUAAUUCAAGUAACGCUGGUAAUCAACCAACUACCACCUCAAUAAAUAUGUCUACCUCUGCUAAACCUAAUGCUGCACCACGUCGUGCAGCACCACCGGUCACUCGUCCUAAUACAGCACCCAGUGGCACUGGGCAGACUACUUCAGAAUGUGCUACUAAAGCACCAACCUCCGGGCCAUCUAGUAAGAAACAAACAACGCGUGCGAAAUCUGGUGUUGAGAAGUCGAAAAUUUCAAUUCCCACAGAAAACUUAUUAACUGAAGAUGAAAUAUCUCAAAAAGCUUCUGAGCUUCUUGGUGAAGCACUCAUCAAACAGAUGUCCGAUACAAAUUGGAAAGAACGCUUGCAAGCAGUUGAACAGAUUAAAUCUAAUAUACAAUCCUUCACCAGUUCUGACGUACCUACUCAAAUUUUGUGUCGCGCUGUUCUACUGAAGCCUGGAAUCAAGGAUACUAAUUUUCAGGUGCUGCGCGCUCGAAUUGAAUACAUCAAUGCGGUUUUAGCUUUAAGCAUGUCUGUCAGUUCAAAUUUGACUGAAUUACUUGUACCAGAUUUACUUGAUAAGAUUGGUGAUAUCAAAGUUGGUGACGUUAUUAAAACCUCGAUGACAACAUUGGCUGAGAAAACAAGUCUUCAAUUAGUUGGUGGUUGCGUAAUGCGCAUGUUGUUUCAGAUCAAAAAUCCUCGCAGUCAGACUGAAGGUUUGAUUUGGUUAAAUCAGAGUGUUCAGGAAUUUGGAUUUUGUAUUCCGCCGCAAGAGGUUGGACCACUUUUAAAAACAGGCUUAAAUGCAACUAACCCCUCUGUUCGACAAAAUUCACUAACUUUUGCUGGAACUAUUCAUUUAUAUCUCGGUGAUCGUUUAGUAACUUUAUUGGCAGAUGAAAAACCAGCUGUGAUUACCUUACUAAAUGCAGAGUUUGCAAAAAACAAUGACAAAACAGCUCCUGCUCCAACUCGUUUUUCUGCUGCCCAAACCCUUCUCAAAGAUUCGGUGUCUACUGAACCUAAUGGAACAGAAGCAGUUUCGGAAAAUGUAGAAGUUACUAGUCAAGAAGAGGAAAUGGACUCCGAUGCGUUACUUCCGAAAAUAGAUAUCAGUGACCGAUUUACACCUGAACUCCUGGGACUUUUGAAAAGCAAGGUCUGGAAAGAACGUUUAGAAGCACUGACGACUAUUGAAAAAUUUAUAUCACCUGCCAAUUUGAUUGACGCUUCAAAUGGAAAGCUUCAAGAACCUUUAACUAUGAUAGCUAAGGCAGCCAAUGAUGUCAAUAAAAAUUUGGCUAAACAAGCCUUGGUGAUCCUGUCUUCCGUUGCUUCAUCGAUGCCGAAGUCGGACGCUGUAAAUUAUAUAAAGUAUAUUGAACCUCCUAUACUACUCUGUCUUGGUGAUUCAAAGGUUCAAAUACGUGAGGCAGCUAUAACUGCACUUAGCUCUUGGCAAACUCGAGUUCCCAUUUUAUCAAUAUUUGAAAAUGACAUGUUAGCUGAUGCCUUAAAGAUGGAGAAUCCUUUUUUACGAGCUGAAUUACUGCGCUGGCUGCAAAGUGUUCUCGCGCCUAUGCCAUUAAACGCCCUGCGGAAAAAUUCUUCAGAAAUAACAGAGAAUCUAAUACCGCAGGUGUUUGCUUCUCUUGAAGACCGUAAUGUUGAGGCUCGCAAGCAAGCGCAACUAGCUCUUCCUCCAUUAAUACAAGUUUUUGGCUGGGAACCUAUUUUAAAAUGUGCCAAUCGUUUGAAGCCUACCUCAAAGGAUUCAGUUAUGCCUCAUUUGGAGAAAGCUCGUGAAAUUGUAGCUAAUUCACAUCCCGCGUUAGCGGAGAAAAAGCCUGUUUCUCCACCUAAGGCAGUACGUGGAGGAAGUGGAGCACGUCUACAAUCUUCCUCAAACCCCCAAGCUACUACUCCAGUUUUAGAAAAUGCUGAGGAGUCUGAAAAUGCUACACAAUCUCAAGCCACUACUUCAAAGUCUGCUCCUGAGACGAAGAAAAAGACUGAUAGUAAGAAGUCUGUCAACACAGCUAAGAAGACAGGUGUGGAACUGCCAACUACAUCUAUAAUUCUACCACCAAAUAAGUCAGCUAAGAGUUCUAGGUUAAAUGAUGAGAAAAAACGCAAGCUCCUGAAAUGGGAUUUCGAUGCUCCAACAAAAGACCACAUCCAACAGUUAAAUACAUUAUUCCUUGCAGCUGGAACUGCUACUGAGUUUCAUGCACUUUUAUUUCAUUCCGACUUUAAACAACAUAUUAAGGCAAUCGAGCAGCUUUCUCAAUUAUUGGAUACAACUGAAGGCGGUGAAGCUACUAUAAUAAAUGUAGACAUUAUCUUGAGAUGGAUUGUUCUUCGAUUCUUUGAAACUAACCCAGUCGUUUUAGGCAGAUGUAUGGAUUACGUAACAAAACUAUUUGUAUAUAUGUCAGAGUCUGGAGCAAAUCUUUCAGAACACGAAGGUGGUUCAUUUCUUCCGUAUUUGGUAAUGAAAGCAGGUGAACCAAAAGAUAUAAUUCGACAGAACAUUCGAGGAAUUAUGAAACUUGUGGUUAAUAUAUAUCCACCUAGUCGUCUAUUCACAUUUCUCACUAACGGGAUUAAAGCCAAGACAAGUAAAACAAGACAAGAGUGCUUGGAUGAAAUGGGUUCAUUGAUUGAUCGUUUUGGAUUAAAUGUUUGCCAACCUUCUAUUCCUAUCGCAAUCAAAUCAAUCGCUCAACAAAUCGGUGAUCGCGACAGUGGAGUCCGAUCAGCUGCUUUAAAUGCUUUACUUUCUGCUUAUGCUGUUAUGGGUGAACAGAUAUGGAAAGUUAUCGGCGACAUACCUGAAAAAGAACGUUCAAUGCUGGAGGAACGUAUUAAACGAUCUGGGCAAGUGCCGAUCAAUACUAGUGAAAAUUUUGAACCAAAGACACCUGUUGUAAGACCGAGCACUGCGAGAAGUAUUCCGUCAGAUUCACGUAAUCCCUUAGAGCCUGUUCCCAGUGAACUUCGCCGUCAGCAACCUGUUUCUGCAGCUCAUGCUAGAGCGCGUGCAAUGUUAAACGAACUAGGCGAUUUAUCACCUGCAAAAGCUCCGUGUAUGCCUCCACUUAUUCAAUUAGAUGCCGAUAUAAAUGAUCUCUUCCAGCCAGUUGAAAUGCCGGCAUUGAAAUCACACGUUCGCCAGCCUGUUCUCAAUGCACUGUUGCGAACAAGUCCUGAUACUGCUUCAGCGAUCACCAUGGUCGUAACGGCUAUAUCUUCCAAUGAUUUACUAAUCAGUUGUCAUGCCUUAGCCGAAAUCGAUACCGUUCUUAGAGAUGAAAAGUGGUACCUUUUGCUCAAUCAUGUCAAUCAAAUCCUAAUGCUUAUUACUAUGCAGUUACGCCAAGUUACUUCGCGAUAUUUUGGAGAUCCUUCAGUUUCAGAAGACCAGUUGCAUACAUUAAUUAGGUCUCAUCUGGCCACUAUUGAAUCUCUUUUUAGUCGCCCAACUUUGGGUCGUGAAGCUUCACGAGAAACCUUAAGAGAAUUAACUCAGUCUCUCCUCCAAAUGAUGUUGGAUGAUAGGACUGCUGAAAUGUCUAGUGGGGAAAAUGUUAUCAGAUCCAUCAAUGCAUUAUUUGUUCUUAUUUUGGAGGCUUCCAGUGGAACGCGUAUACUCAGUGCUCUCAUUCGGUUGCUACAUGAAUGUAUCAGUAAUGGGCAUUUUACAAAUCGGUUCACGCAAGCUAUCCUCAAAAGUAUAUGGCGUAUUAUCAAGGCGAUGAAUUCUGCAUCAUCAGUUAGCAAUUAUUCUGUGGAUGUCAUACUUUUGGACUGUCAUCACUUCUUGAAAGCCUUCCCACCUUCCUCAUGGAGUGCGCGUAAAUCGGACGUCCCACUACGAACAAUCAAAACAUUGUUACACACAUUAUGUGGCCUCCAAGGUCCAUCAAUUUUAAAGUUUCUAGAAAGUAUACCUAAUAGGGAAGAUUCAGAACUGGAGUCCUACCUCAUUCGCACACUAAAAACUACUUCAGGAGUUACAACUACCUCUGAUUCUAAAAACACAUCAACCUCUGAAAGUCAUUCAAAAAGGUACGUGCUUUCUACUGCAACUCGUGAGAAGUUAACUGAAAUAUUCAAGAAGGUAGGAUCUAAGAAGCCUGAUGAAGGUUUAAAUGAACUAUAUGAUUUUACCCAGCUCUAUCCAGAUGUAGAUUUAUCAUCAUAUUUAACAAAUACGAGCCAAUUUUUCCAAGCGUAUAUAAAACAAGCUUUGCGAAACAUAGCUGUCGAACGCGCACGUCAAGCCAGACUAAAUGCAAAUGACAAAGAACCAAAUACAUUAGCAGCUCAUCAAACUAAUGGUAUUUUAGAACGUCCUAAUUGGAAUCCAGAUUUUGAUUCAGAUAUUCGCAAUGGGCAACCAACGGAUCCCAGGGUAUUUAUGAAUCGAUUGGCGGUGCUACGUAGAGAACUGGGUCUUGGUGGUGUAUCCACAACGAACAUCGAUGACAAUAUUGAGGCAUCUGAUGGGGCUGGAAUACAAAAUACAGUUUUUGAAACGACUCACAGAAAUAUGGUUAAAACAAAUGGUGAUUCUCCAGAUGAAAAUAUUCAACCUGAAACAGAACAAAAGCCUACUAUGUCCGCCGUCGAAUUAAUGGAUUUGAAACGCAGACUAGAUCGAAUUAAGAAUGCCCAGAAGAAUUAA